GUCCAAACAGCAUCAUUUCAGCAAUGAAGGUCCUAUUAUACCUGGCAGUAGUCCUAGCGGUGGUGUGCGCAGAGAAGACCACAGAAACAAAGUCGGCUGAGAAAGAGACUCCCAAGAAGAGAGGAGUCUUUGGCGAGAGCUUGGGCUACGGAUCAUUCGGUCACGGUAUCAGCUCCGGUCUGUCCUUGGGCUCUGGCAGCUAUGGCCAUGGCAUCUCCCUCAGCUCCGGUAGCUUGGGACACGGUGGUGGCCUGUCCUCCGGUGGUCUCUACGGUGGUAGCUACGGCGGUGGUUACGGAGGUGGAUACAGUGGUGGUUAUGGAGGUGGAUACGGAGGUGGAUACGGAGGAGGCUACGGAGUAGGAGGCGGACACCUCAUCUCUAGACACAUUACUAUCAACAAUAGAGUUGCAGUUCCCGUUCCACACCCAGUACCAGUUACUGUAGAGAAGCCUGUUCCAGUACCACACCCAUACCCAGUCAAGGUUCCAGUAGACAGGCCAUACCCAGUCCACGUCCCACAUCCAGUCCCCGUCCCCGUCUACAAGAACGUUCCCGUGCCAGUCGAUAGGCCAGUGCCCGUACCACAUCCCGUUCCUGUGCCAGUCAAGGUACCCCACCCAGUUCCUGUCCAUGUACCUCACCCAGUACCAGUUCCGGUAGUCAAGAACAUACCUGUACCAGUUCCUCAUCCAGUGGCAAUCCACAAGCCAAUCCCAGUCGCUGUUGGACAUGGUUAUGACUUCGGUUCCUCCCUCGGAGGUGGAUACAGCGGUGGAUACGGAGGUGGCUACAGCGGUGGAUACGGAGGUGGUUACAGCGGUGGAUACGGAGGUAGCUACGGUAGCGGAUAUGAAGGAAGCAAAAUCUCCAUCGGCUCAGGCUACGGAUCUGGCAGUCUAGGAGGACAUGGGUGGUAAUACCAGAGUUAGAACCAAAUUUUAGAAGGUCUCAACAUCACGCUUCAUCAUUGACUUCAUCACAUUCAUAUUCAUUGUAAAUAUCAACUCGUGAUAAGCUCAUUCAUCAUUAAUAUAAAUAUAUAUUUUUUAUACAAAAUAAAAUAGCGUAUUUAUUUUCCUUUAGCUCAAUUUUAAUAACUCAUCUUACUAAUAUCUAAUAUUUAUUCAUGUAUUUGCAAAUAUUUGGAUUCGUGAUUCCCAAUUUCAUCAGAAGAUUUGGUGAUC